AUGUCUCUGAAGAAGGCCCUGGACAAGCUCAAGCCGGGCACCCGCAGCAACCCCGCAUCCGACGACGAGGCCGGGCUCACCUCGCCCAAGGCCAAUGGCACCGCUUCGCCGCGCUCUUCCGGCCUCUUCGGCCACCGCGCCAGCGGCGAGUUCAAGCGCAACAGCGGCACCAGAAGCAGCUUAGAUCAGAGCAAGAACGACACCCCCCGCGCCAGCGGCAUCUUCCACCGCCGUACCGACAGCCCGAACCGCAGCCAGACGUUCGCUUCAAAGACGAGCCUCGGGCUUUCGCAGUCCCGCACCACCCACAGCCCCAUCCGCGCCGUCAAAGAGAAGCUGCACAUUGGCAACGACUCCUCCAGUGACCCCAACAUCCCCCUCAACCGCGAUGGCGAGCCCAUGUCGCGGAACCAGCUGCGCAAGCACGAGAAGCAGGUCCAAGUCGAGGAGAGGAGGAGGGAGGUCCAGGAAAGGGAGAAGGAAAUAGAAAAGAGGCGGAAGGAGAUGGAGGAGCAGGCGGAUAAGGAAUUGACACCCGAGCAGAAGGCCAAGUACGGCAACGUCCCGCCAAACAGCUACGCCGGCGACUGGAAGCACGAGCCGCGCCUGAACAUCAUGGACUUUUCAGCAAAGGACGUCGGCAAGGAAGUUAUCUUCCGCGCCAGGAUCCACCACCUGAGGAAGAUGAGCUCCAAGUUCGUCUUCUUCGUCUUCCGCCAGCAGCUCGCUACCAUCCAGGGAAUCCUGGUGGAGCACGCCGACGUCUCAAAGUACAUGCUCUACUGGGCCGAGCAUCUGGAAGCUGAGUGCGUAGUCCUCGUCAAGGGCGUCCUUCAAGAACCGCAAUCCAAGCAGGGAGAGGUCACCGGCGCUACGAUCCACGACGUCGAGGUCGCCGUUCACCAUCUCUAUGUCGAGGCGCCCGUUACCGAGCACCUGCCUUUCAACGUCUACGAAGCCGAAGUCACCCAGGCAGAAGUUGACGAAGAGAUUGCAAGACCCGAGCACAAAGAAGGACACAAUCGUGUGAAGAUCACCGACCGCACGCGCUUGAGCAACCGAGUCAUCGACCUGCGAACAACUGCAUCGCAAGGCAUCUUCCGCAUUCAGUCCGGUAUCUGCAACCUUUUCCGGGCCCAUCUCGACACCGAGGGCUUCAUUGAGAUUCACACCCCCAAGCUGCAAGGCGGAGCUACCGAGUCGGGUGCUAGCGUCUUCAAGGUGGAGUAUUUCGGCCGCGGCGCUUUCCUCGCUCAAAGUCCUCAGCUAGCCAAGCAGAUGUGUAUCUCCGCAGACUUUGGCAAGGUCUAUGAGAUUGGGGCGGUCUUCCGAGCCGAGAACAGUAACACCUAUCGCCAUCUGACUGAGUAUACCGGUCUUGAUCUUGAGAUGCAGAUCGACGAACACUACCACGAAGUCCUUCGAGUGCUAGACCGGACUUUCAAAGCCAUCUUCACAGGCAUCUAUGAGCGCUACCGCCCGGAGAUUGAGAUCGUCAAGCGCCAGUUCCCUCACGAAGACUUGGUGUGGCUAGAGGAAACUCCCAUCAUCCCCUUCGCCGAAGGUAUCCGGAUGUUGAACGAGUCCGGGUGGAGGGACGAUGACGGCAACCCUCUCGAUGAGAACGAGGACAUGGGCACAAGGGACGAGGUGCAGCUCGGACGCGUCAUCAAGAAGAAACUCGGAACAGAUUAUUACGUCCUGGACAAAUUCCCAGUGAACGCCCGACCAUUCUACGCAAUGCCGGAUCCGAACAACCCGAAGGUAACGAACUCUUUCGAUAUCUUCCUCCGCGGCCAGGAAAUCCUAAGUGGUGGUCAGCGUAUUCAUGACGCAGAUAUGCUCCUCGACAACAUGCACAGGCUGAAGGUCGAUCCCAUGAGCAUGGAAGAGUACAUUCAGGGGUUCCAGUGGGGUGCUCCUCCGCAUGGCGGUGGUGGUAUCGGUCUAGAGCGUAUCCUUAUGCUUCUGCUUCAGCUUGGGAACAUUCGACACGCUUCAAUGUUCCCCCGCGAUCCGAAGAGCUUGCCGGAAAAGCCCGUCAUCAAGCAACUCCGACACCCCGAAGCGAGCACAAUGCACCCUCCAUGGGAGGGCACGGAUCGGGCUGCCGCUGGCAUGGAUUUUCAGCCUAUCGAGAAGCUCAUUGCGAACUAUGGAGACGCCACCAACACCUCGUGGCUGGAGCCUCGCACGGAGAUUUGGCGAGACGAAUUCACCGGCGCUGCUGUGGGAUUCGUCCCUCAAGACGGCUUCGCUAUUACAGUUGGCGAUCCUCUCUGCCAUGCGUCUCAAUAUCUUAAGACAAUGACCGGCUAUCUUAAGUACAUUAGAAAGGAACGCAACCUCAAGCCGUUGUGGCUAUUGGUGGGCUCGGAAGCUGAGGAAGUCCUUGCUACCAAGUUUAACUGGCGCACUUUCUCCGUCGUCGCCGAGCAACGCGUGGAUCCGGCCCACAAUCCCGCACAAAACGAUUCCGACGUUCAACGUAAGAUUCGGCAUGCGGAAAAGGAAGGAGUCAAGAUCACCGAUUUCCCCAUCGGCAGCCCACCGCCUGAAGACAUCAAGAAGAAGGUUGAUGCUCGCGUCGAGGACUGGCUAAAGAAUAGGAAGGGCCGUCAAGUGCACUUGACCAAUAUCCAUCCCUGGCAAGAUGAGGAGCAUCGCCAAUACCAUAUUGCACAGACGCCCGAUGGCACCAUUGUCGCCUUCGUGGCUAUGGCUCAGCUGAGUCCUGACCACGGCUGGCAAGUCAAGUAUUCUCUCGACUUCCCCAACGCGCCUUCAGGCUCGAUCGAAUACAUUGUCAUUCAUGCCCUGAAGGUGGUUGCGCAGGGCGGAGCGCCUACCGUCACCUUUGGAGGAGGUGCCAGCUCCAAGUUCACGCCUGGCCACAACGUCAAGGGCACGCGUGUGAAGGUGCUCAGCCGGGCAUACCACGCCAUUGCCUCGGAGUUGAAGCUCACAAACAAGACCGAGUUCCGCGAGAAGCUGGGCGCUACCGACGACCCAAGCUAUAUUUGCUAUCCGCCUCACGGGCUGGGCCCACUGGCAAUCAAGGCUAUUUUGAACUUCUUUGAGGACGACGAGUAA